AUGGCCACGGACGGGACUGCAAACCGCACACCACGGCGGGCAGAUGAUGAUGAUGAUGAUCUAGACCACGUCGGGCUGUUCCCGUUCGAUCAGCUGCCGCCCGAGCUUCAAACGCACAUUUUCUUGGCACUCGAUCUGCCCUCGCUGGCGGCCGCCAUGCGGGUUUCGCCCACCUGGUGCGCCAUGAUUGAGGAGCCGGUCAUGUGGAAACUCAAAUGCCUCCGCGAUUUCCCACACUAUCUCGAGGGGGCGCCUUUGCCGGAGCAGGACUGCGUCGUCCCUGAUGAACAGAACUACAAACGACGCAGUGAGUCGUGGAACGAGCAGGCACUGCUGCGCCUGAUCGCGCUCAUCCACAGGUUCACGCAGACCUACGCCGAUGACGAGAACAGCACCGAGACUGAGGAGGGACGCGGACGAGACCGAAGUCGACGCCAUCGCAGCCGAAACGGCAAAGAACUCAGGAGGACGAGCACACAACGCAGCGCGAGGAGGCACCGGCAGCAGCAGCAAGAGACCAGAGAUUGGAAGCAGUUCUACAGGCAGUGCCUCGGGUGCCCGUACCUCGACGGGCGCUGGAUUGGCGACUAUCGCUCGCACGGCAAGGAGCUGGUUCACAUCUCUCACAGAGGCUUCCGCGUGCUGGCCACCAAGAUCACGGGCGAUGCCAACGUACCUGCGGGCAAGCCCACAUGGAGGAUGACGAUGGCUGCCAAGGGUGAUAGGGGCAAAGGACAGAUGCAUUUGGCGGACACAGGCUAUAAGCGGCCAAGGUGGGGCAGAGCUUACUUGGAAGUUGUGGAUAAAAACAACCUGGUGGUCAAGUGGUUUUACGGCGUCCAUCCUUCGCAGCACUUUGAUACCUACUAUGAGAGGGUCAAGGAAUCCGGCUCAGGCGAAGCAGAUCAGGACACAGAGAUGCCAGAAGGGGAGGUGCAGGAGGCAGAGCAAGGGCGUGACAGUCGAGCACGAGAACGGGAGACCGUCGCGACGGGCGACAGUGCGGCUGCUGGCGACGACGAAGAAGAAAGGGAGAGGAAGAGGGCCAAGCGAGAGGUGACCGAAAGUGGAUUUGCCUUUCGUCUUGUGCGCUCACCCGACACUGGCCAAAUGUACGUGCUCGAGGAGAACGACGGGGAGGAGGGCCAUGACGAAGCUGGGGACGUGGAGCAAGGAGAAUACGAGGACGACGAGAGCGACGAGGAAGACAGCGAAGACGACUUCUACGAGGAACUGGUUUCAACACAACACAACGGCUCUGAGGUCGACGACGCUGGCCACGAUGAUGAUGGCGACCGGCAGUAG